AUGGGGCUCUCCUCAGCUAACAAAGGGAGGGCUCGAAAUGUGUGUUUCACGAAGCGCCGCAAGAGGUUGUUCAAGAAAGCGGCGGAACUAGGUGUCCUCUUCCCCGAAGUUCGAAUCGCUGCUGUUGUGUUCUCUCCUGCAGGAAACCUGUACGUUUUUUGUGAUGUUUCGGAAAUGGAGAAGCUCUUAGCCAUGGAUGAACCAAGUGCACUGUUAACUGAAGAAACAGAAAAUGGAGAAGAAGAAAACGCUCAUUCCUCUCCGGUCGUGGAAAUUACUCUGCAGGAAAUUACUGGGGACUUUGAUGGAUUGGAUGAGGAAGGAUUCAUCAAUCAAUUUCUAAAUUUUUGA